UACAUGUUGCAGUUUAAAGCGGAAGUGAAAGAAAUCUCAUCAGUGAGUUCUGUGAAGGAGGAUGAAACAGAGCAGAGAGCAGGACAAGAGAAGGGGAGGAGAUUUAAAUGGCCAGCUUGUGAAAAAGGUAGCGUGGGGCAAUUAGAGGUUUUUCUGCCGAGAGGAGCUCAGAGCAGGACUGAAAAACUGAAACUGUCGGUGCAACUUCAUGCAUUGUGGAGCGGAUCAUCACGAUUUUGGACUGAAUAGACUCCGUUUUUACUUUGUGCACUGAAUAUGCUUUGUCAAAACUGGCUGCCACUGUUCCACACUGCAGACAUUAGAGUCGUUUUAGGCUUUGUGCUUUGAUUCAGUUGAUUUUAAAUGUGAAUAUAAAAAAACCUCCGGUUCGCCUCUGGGGCCUUAUUCAUUAGUAAGCACAAUCUACUUCAUCAGGUUACACGCGGCAGCGGAGCUACGUGACUGCACUCAUUCUCAGCAUUUCUAAACCGGGAACGAAUGACUUGGAAAUUCCCGGUCAGCAUUUUUCUUUCUUUUCUGAGUAGUUUGGGACUUUGGCUGGAUUGUUUCAUUGUGUGCAUCGGGAGCCAUCACCCCCUCUCCACUCGCAGACAUCGCGAAAUGAAACUCGGUUUUGUCCUCCAGACUGCGGUGGCGCUUUAUCUGCUGCUCUCACCUGCACAGAGUCUACCCUUGUCAAGCAUAGACAACACAACUGAAGUGCUGAUGUUCCAAGAAGUGUGGGGUCGCAGCUUCUGCCGGACCAUUGAGAAGCUGGUGGAGGUGGUGCAGGAGUACCCGACAGAGGUGGAGCACAUCUACAGCCCCUCCUGUGUGCCGCUGGUGAGGUGUGCAGGUUGUUGCGGGGAUGAAAACCUGGAGUGCCAUCCCACCCACACCACAAAUGUCACCAUGCAACUGUUGAAAAUCAGGCCAUCAGAACCAGAUCAAGAAUAUGUUGAGAUGACGUUUGUGGAGCAUCAGACAUGUGAAUGUAGAAUCAGGAAACCUAUUGUGAAGGUUGAAAGGAAAAGACAAAGAGGAAGAGGAAGAAAGAGAAAGGAGAGACAAAAAAUGAAAGAAUGUGACAGGUGCCAGAUCCCUCGCAGGUAACUACAGUGGCGACCCAACCCCCUGCUGCAGUGUGGCUGUCUAUUUAUUUCCAACCCAGUGACAGCAUCAAGAGUCUCCUCCACUCAUCUAUCAAAACUGUGUCUGCAGCCAGAGACUCAAACAGCUGGGUUGUGUUUUGCUGACAUGCCCUCCUGCUGAUGGGCAGAGUGUUUGUAGUGACAAGCUUCAACAGGAAGUGUGUUUUGAUUGGUGGAAACACUGCUGUUACACACCUGACACAAUGGACAUGCCUGGGAGACAGUGCAAUGUAGAACCAAACAGACCGGUGCCUUCUCUUUUAUACUAGUUAUUACUGUAUCAUUUAUUGUAAUUUGUCCAUUUCUCUGGUAUCGUUUAAAAUCUAAAAUUUAUAUUUAUUGAUACAGCUGAAUAUAUUUGGAGCAGCAACCUUUAAAAGUUUGUCAUACUUUUUUACAUUAUCCAAGAAGCCUUGACUUGUCAUAGCAGCAUAUGUUGGACUGAGUGUGCAAAUGCUUUGUACACGCAAUAAUGAAAUGUCUCCCUCUAGUGUUUAUGGAAACAGUGCUCAAAACUGCUGAAAGUAUUUUUUUCUAGGUCAACUAUACAAAUAAGAUUAGACAUAGGAAAGUGUUGUCAGUCGCAAUCACAUCGUCAGCUUAUUGGACUCUUCUACCUAUCAGUUAUGAAAGUAACAAUCCCACAACCAAUUGUUCUGUAUGAAUCCUCUCCCUCCGUAACGCCUUGUGAACAGACAUGAGUUUGAAGUGUUUUACUGUCAAUUCAGACCUAAAUAAGAACAAUAUUUAUCAGAAAAGUUUAUCAACUGAAGACAUGUCCACAGAAGAUUGUGUAUAAGUGAAUAACUAUGAUAUAUCAAUUUGUCAAAAAUCUAAAUUGUUCUUUGGAGUAUAUCUCGCUUUCUCUAUUGUUCUAGAGGGUUGGAUACAAUGUUAAUUACAUCUGUUUUAUAAAUGAAUAUGGAAUCUAAUCAUUGCUGAAUCCAUUCUGAAAAAAAAGGAUCAGGUGAAAAGACAAAUGUGCUCCUAAUGAGUGGCUACAGCUCUGGAUAGCCAGGCUUGCAAGAAGCAGUGUUUUAAUAAUGCAGACACAUCAGUUUAUUUAAAAUCACACCAGGAGGUGUGUAGUCGACGAGGCAAGCCCAGUAGGAAUGGGCAGAUCAGUACUACAGUAAUCAAUACACUCAAGCAGUACUCAUUUAGUAUUGAUGCCUAUUAAAGAGUAUCAAUUCUAAUUUUUGUUUUCUUGUUUUAAUGUGAUUGCAAGGUUCUUGCAGAUAUAAAAGCAUUUCUGUGCUUUGUGCAGUUGAACAGUAUACAUUUGUGUCCACCCUGGUGACACAAGAGUCCCACAAGCCCAGACCACAGGUGUCUUCCUUUGUCUGUUUUUGGAAACACUGCAGUAAGGAAGGGAUCAAUUGAAGUAGUUAUGUAAAAUGAUGUCCUUUUGUAUUUUGUUUUUUUUCAUGUAGGCUACUACACAAAGAAAAUCUCUAUGGAAAUGUAAAAAGUAACAUUUCUACUGUUAGUAUUUUUAAAUAUUUAUUUUGUAAUUAAAUUGUCAUGGUUGUCA